AUGGGUGACAAAGAGAUCAGCGGAGAAGUGAUCGGAAUCGACCUAGGCACCACAUUCUCCUGCGUCGCCGUCGCUAGAAAGGGCCACGGCGUCGAAAUCAUAGCCAACGACCAAGGCAACCGAACCACACCUUCCUACGUGGCCUUCUCCCCCGCCGGCUCCGCCGGCUCCCAGCGUCUCAUCGGCGAAGCCGCCAAGAAUCAGGCUACUCUCAACCCCCGCCGUACCAUCUUCGACGUCAAGCGACUCAUUGGCAAAAAAUUCGACGACCCAGAAGUCCAGAACGACCUCAAAUACCUGCCCUACCCCGUCGUUGAAAGAGAUGGAAAGCCUUGCGUCCAAGUUGAAGUUAACGGCGAGCUGAAAACAUUUACACCGGGAGAGAUAAGUGCCAUGGUGUUGGGGAAAAUGAAGGAGACGGCGGAAUCGUACCUUGGGAAGGAAGUAACCAACGCCGUGGUCACAGUCCCGGCCUACUUCAACGACUCCCAGAGGCAAGCCACCAAAGACGCCGGCAUUAUCGCUGGGCUCAAUGUUUUACGAAUAAUCAACGAGCCGACUGCUGGCGCCCUAGCCUAUGGUGUGAACCAGGACCCGAACACAAAGAGGAACAUUCUGGUGUACGAUUUAGGUGGCGGGACGUUCGACGUCAGCGUUUUGGAGAUCGACAACGGCAUAUUCCAGGUACUUGCCACUGGUGGUGACACGCAUCUCGGCGGUGGAGAUUUCGACCAGAGGGCGAUGGAGCAUUUUGUUCAGCUAAUCAAGAGGAGGUACAAGAAGGACGUUAGUGAAGACCCGAAAGCUAUGGGGAAGCUGCGGAGGGAAUGCGAGAGGGCUAAAAGGGUUCUGAGCACUCAAAUCGAGACUAGAGUAGAGAUUGAUUCUCUAUUGCAAGGAACGGACUUUUCUGAGCCUUUAACGAGAGCGAAAUUUGAGGAUUUGAAUUUGGAUCUAUUUGAGAAGACACUGGCGGUGGUGAAGUCGACACUGAAAGAUGCAAAGGUGGAGAAUAAGAAACAGAUUAACGAGAUAGUGUUGGUUGGAGGAAGCACAAGAAUUCCCAAAGUUCGAGAGAUGCUGAAGAAGGAGUUUGACGGGAAGGAGCCGAGCAAAGGGAUCAACCCUGACGAAGCCGUGGCUUAUGGUGCUGCCAUCCUUGGAGCCAAUCUCACUAGCGAUCGACCUGGAGUGGGUGUUAUACUACUCGAUGUUACUCCCUUAAGUUUGGGGAUAGAUGUAGUCGGUGAUCUCAUGUCAGUAGUGGUCCCCAGAAAUACACCCAUUCCUGCAAAGAAGUCUCGUGGUGGGUACAAAACUACGUAUGACCAGCAAGCUUCUAUAACUUUUAAUGUUUUGCAAGGUGAAAGACCCUUGACUAAGGAUUGCCUCCGGCUCGGAAGUUUCAAACUCACAGGCAUUCCACUGGCUCCAAGAGAAUCUGUGUCUGCGGAGGUGACAUUCGAGCUUGAUGCGGAUGGAAUCUUAACCGUCACGGCCAAGGAAGAAUCCACCGGGAGUUGUAAAUCCCUCACUAUUGACAACUAUAAAAGGAAUUUGAAUUCGAGGGAGAUUGAGAGGAUGAUCAGAGAGGCAAGGGAGAUGGCCGACCACGAUAAGAAGGAGAAGGCGCGUGUUGAAGCGAGGAACAAACUGGAACGUGUCAUUUACGAUUUGAAGAAUGCAGUGGCAGAGAAGCUUCACAUGUAUGAUGGUGAUAAGACCGCAGUGGAGACAGCGUUGAGUGAAGCGUCGGACUGGUUUGAUGACAACAAGAAUGCAUGCAUGCAAGAGUACAAGGACAGAAAGCGGAAGCUGAAAGGCUCGUUGAAGAAGGUUUCACCAAAAUAG